CGAAAACACAGGUUUGCAAUGGAUAUGCGGAAUUAUGUAACAGGUCCUAUUCCGAAGUAGCGUUUGCUGCAACACAUAACUCAUAUGCAUAUGGUGUUAAUCCUGCGGCAAAUCAAAACUAUGACAUUCCAACACAGUUAAAGGAUGGUAUUAGAGCUUUCCUUCUUGAUGGACACAACUCUACGAAAGGAUCUGAUAUUGAACUUUGUCAUACGAACUGUAACCUAUUGGAUACAGGAACUGCUGCAAAUACUUUGAAAAACAUUACAAGUUUUUUGCAAAAGAAUCCGAAUGAAGUAAUUACAAUCUUUUGGGAAAAUUAUGAUAAUAUAGAUCCACUUAGAUACAAAGCUGAGUAUGAUAAAGCAAGUCUAACUCAGUACUGCUUCACACAACCUGUUGGUGAAACAUGGCCUACUUUGACAGAGAUUAUUCAAUCUGGAAAACGGGUUAUUAACUUUAUUGAUACGAAUGCUAAUACUAAUACCGUUCCAUG